AUGUUUGGAUUAACUUGCAGACGGUUGUUAAUCCGCAAAUUGAUUAAUUCCAGGGCUAACCAUACAAUGAAUAGUGUUAGGAACUAUUCAGAUCGCCCUGCAAUUGCCCGUCUAAUCGGUCCCUUUUACGUUUUUCUAUCUCCUAAAAUCCUAACAACCGCAGGAACAGUACUAGCAUUUUAUCUACUGUUACUAUUUCCAUUGGACCCAUUGUUUUUCAAUGCAAGGAAGAUUAAACGUAUAAACGAUGAGAAAACUAUGAAUUCAUAG